GAUCCACGUACGCAGCUCUUCAUCUCGAACCUGCCGUACCGCGUGCGCUGGCAAGACCUCAAGGAUCUCUUCCGCAAGGCCGGUACCGUGCUGCGCGCCGACGUGGCACUGACGCCUGACAACCGUUCGCGCGGACACGGGACCGUGCUGCUGGCGUCGGAGGAAGAUGCGCAUCGAGCCGUCGACAUGUUCCGCGGCUUCAGCUGGCAGGGCCGCAUUCUCGAGGUGCGCAUCGAUCGCUCGGGCACAAUCCUGCUGCCCAGCGCGCUGCAUCCCACGGGCGUCAGUCCGGCGCUCUACCCCUUCAUGGGCAAUGCCAACGGGCGCUCCGCGUCGCUCUCGAGCGCAGGCCGGCCGUCUGCCUAUCUUGGCCCGCCGCUGCCGCCGGGAAGCACGACGCUGCCGCCGCCCAACUCGUACUACGGGCGCGUGCUCUUCGUCGGCAACCUGCCGUUCCAUUGCCAGUGGCAGGAUCUCAAGGAUCUCUUCCGCGCAGCCGGCAACAUCCAGCGCGCCGAUGUCGCUCUCAGCCCCGAGGGCCGCAGUCGUGGAUUCGGCACGGUCCUCUUCGCGAGCGCAGAGGACGCGCAGAACGCCGUGCGCAUCUACCAC